AUGGAUGCACACGGGCCAAACCACAUACGCGUACGUUUGCACUUUGACUAUCCGCCGCCGGCGGUCGUCGAUUUUCGCAUGUUUUGGCUUCUCGUGGACUUAAACAAGUGCCGUAUAGUGUCCGACCUAGAGAGCACAAUCAGAGAUAAAUUUGAGUUCAGUCGUCAAAGCUUGAUCAGCCUCUUCAUAGAGGACUGCUACCUGCUACACACGGAAAGCAUUCAUGUUGUGCGUGAUAACGACAUACUCAGAGUGAAGGUUGAGUGUGUUCCUCACCUGGAUGGGCACAACCACAAUCCAAAUACAAGCCAAAACUGCAAAAAGAGACGGAGACAGUCACUGAGCGAGCCAAAUAAUAGUGGUGAAGAUGCUACGUGUUUGAACAAAAAGAUUAAGAAAAAAAGUAAGGAGAUUUUGAAAGUGGACACCAUAUCCCUGUAUGCCAGUACGCCUGACAGGACGCGCUGGCACAUCCACAAACCGCAGAGGAAUGACACUGAAAGUGCUUCAAGAGAUUACAGUGCAAUGCCGCUUCUCGCUGCCCCUCCACAGGUCGGACAGAAGAUUGCGUUUAAGCAGCUGGAGCUUACUGAGAAUUAUACACCUGAGGUAUCAGCAUACAAGGAGGCUAUGAUUGUGAGCUUUGACCCAAUCACGAAGCAGGUUGAGCUCGAACUGCUUUCUGUCGCACAAGCCCCUUCUGAGCCUGGAAAGUUUGACCUGGUGUAUCAGAACCCAGACGGAUCAGAGCUUGUAGAGUACGCUGUGUCCAGAGAAUCCAGGGUUGCUGAACGAUGGGACUCUCUGCUGGAACCAAGGCUGAUAAUUUAA